AGAAGUAGGUCAUGUAACUUGUAUUGUUUUGUUCAGGCAUGAUGCAAGACAUGAGAAUUAAGAAAACAUAACGAUGCAAUUAUUUGAAUGCCUCUGUAAUGGGAAAGAGAGGUCGGGAAACAAGUUUGAAAUAUAGUUUAGUACUUCACUUACUGCAGAUCUGCACAUUUUAAUCAUACAGGUUAUAUGAAGGUUACCCCUAGUGUAAAAAACAUGGUAGAAAUAUAGAAAAUCCUUACAUCAUAUAAAGCUAGUUUCUCAACUUGACAGAUAACUAACAAGAACUGAGGGAAGGUAAGGUGAAGUAACACAUUCAAAAGUUACUUGGUUAAAAAUGUUUGCAUUUUUUAAAAUCUGGAUUUAUUCGUAUUUGCAUCAAGAUGUCUUUAAAGUGACUAAAGUAAAAGUACUCAUGCAGAAUCACCAAUUUCAGAAAAGUAUCAUUGGAUUAAAAUGGCUGAUGUAAUGAUAUACUGUAUGUAUGUAGGACUUUAAUGUUUCCGUGUAUGAAAGUGGGAUUAAUAACAAUUUCAAGACAUAUUUAGUGGUAUUUUAAUCUAUACUAAGAAAUCAUUUGGCAAUAUCUGUGGUGUCUGGUAUUUUGAUUGAUUGUGAAACAGGCACUAAAAUAAUGUAAUUGAUGCAGUAACUCCAUAUCAAAAGCCAAAUUAAAAAGAUUGGUAAAGAAUGGGAAAAUAAAUGACACAUGGAAAAAGUCAAGUAAUGAACACGAACCUCAAAAUUGCACUCAGCUACAGUACUUGAGUGAGUAAAUGUACCUAGUAGUCACUUCUAAACAGUGCUAGCAUGUAAUCAAUAUUAUGUGCUGCAAUUCCUCCAUCUGUCCAGCGGGGGGCGGUAGCGCUCUACAGAGCUGUUUGCCGACCUCCAGAGACAAAAACCUAAACGAAGCCCCGCCAUUGAGCCAUAAAUCAUAUUAUGUCCUGCACUGAGAAGACGCAAAAUAUGUUCAUCUUUAGGCGGGUACUGCUUAAAAAAAGAGCUAUAACAUGUGUCUACAGGGGCAUUUUGUUCUGACUCCUGUCGUGAGUCGCUGUUAGCGGAAGAAAUGAGUUCGGCAGCAGUGAAGAGUUGCUGUUCGCUAACCGACAGAAGCUGAUACAGAGUUAACGUGUUCCUGUGUAUAUUAUAAUGUAUCCUGGAUUUAACUGGACCAGAACAAACCAUACAGACAACCAUGGCUCCCAAGAACCGGUCUGCUAGAGUCGCAUUGAAGGUGGGGACCACAGCAAAUGGCUCAUUAUGUUGAAGCGGGAUUACAGACCGACAGACUGUGCUGUGUUCUCAUCGAGUCUGCUGCUUCAGCUCACAGCCAGCGUCCCUCCUCGACUUCCUGUGCGGACCUCCCUCCUACAUGCCCCGCAGCUCGGUUUGGACACGUAGCUGUAAGGACUGACAGACUGACUGACUGACUGAUAGACCUCACAGAGGGGGACAGUUUCUCCGAGUCAUGUCCAGGUCAAGUCGGAGGUACAAGCCUCUGCAGCAGGGCAACGGCAGCGGCUCUUUCCCCGGCUGUGACCGGGUGCGGAUGCCCCGGGCCCGGGUACUUCUGCUGUGCCUCCUCGCUGUUCUGGUGCUGGCGGUGGUGCUGGGGGUCUACCUGUCGAACGACACCAGCAAUGGACAUGUGAACCGCAUGCCGGCUGCAGACCUGACCAAAGACAGGUUGUCCCACAAACCCAGUAAGUGCUCUCCAGCUCAGAUCCGCCGUCUGGCCUCUCAGGUGGAUGGUACUCGCCUGUGGGAGACUCACCUGAGGCCCAUUCUAAUAGAGCGGCUCCCGGGAACACAAGGCAGCCUGGCAGUACAGCAGCACAUCACCUCCACUCUGUCUUCGCUGUCUGCUGGCUGGGCCGUCGACUUAGACUCCUUCCAGUCUCCGACGCCCCGAGGCCAGGUCACCUUCACUAACAUUGUUGCCACUCUGGACCCUUCGGCACCUCGCAGGUUGCUCCUGGCCUGUCACUACGACUCCAAGGCCCUACCUCCAGACCCACGGGCCCCAGAGAAGGUGUUCCUCGGGGCCAGCGACUCGGCAGUGCCCUGCGCUAUGAUCCUGGAGCUCGUCACCUCUCUGGAUGCUCAGCUUAGGUCAUUCAAACAGCAGAAACUCCCAGUGUCUCUCCAGCUGGUGUUUUUCGACGGCGAGGAGUCGUUCGAGGAGUGGACCGCCACGGACUCGCUGUACGGCUCCCGUCACUUGGCCGAGCGCUUGGCCAACACGCCUCACCCCGCAGGCUCGGCUCACACCACCAUGCUUCAGGCCGUGGAUCUCUUUGUGCUGCUGGACCUGCUCGGCGGUCCCGAUCCGCUGAUCGCGAACCACUUUGAUAACACGGCACGCUGGUUUGACCGUCUGAUCGCUGCAGAGAAGAGACUUCACCGGCAGGGUCUUCUGACAUCUCACCCCUCAGAGCAGACGUAUUUCAGAAAGGAUGUUUACCUCGGACCUGUACAGGACGACCACAUCCCCUUCCUUCACAAAGGUGUCCCUGUGCUGCACGUCAUCGCCACUCCCUUCCCACAGUUCUGGCACACACUGGACGACACCGAGGAGAACAUGCACCGUCCCACUGUGGUGAACCUCACCAAGAUCAUUGCCGUGUUUCUGGCAGAGUAUCUGGGCUUCUGAGCUGCAGACACGGACACAUGAUUGUGGUGACUUUGAUGCUCACUUUUUGGCCCCACACUGGAAGCACUAGUGCCAUUUGUCACACUGAUGACAAAUAAUUGCCUAAAUGCCGCAUUGCUGAAAUGCACCUGGUGAAACAAAAUCAGUUCACCAGCUAAAACUUUACCAAAGACUCAGCCUUUGUUGGCCCGACUAGUCUUCUUGGAUUCACGUGAAGAAUUACAUUGGAGACACUUGUCCAAAUGUCAUGGCAUGUUAUGCGGAUGGGAGACUUAAUUAGAGAAUAAUAACUCUGGGAUCGUGGUACUGGAAGAACAGCUGGGGAGAAUCUGUGAAUUAGUUUUGUUCUGCUUCUUUCCUGUGAAAAAAAAAGAAGAAGCGCAGCAGUAGCAUUUAUUUACUCCGUUACUAUGAUUGAGAUGCACUAAUGUCUUCAUAAAGACAGACUGUAGCCACCUCUCUGAGCUGAUGUGAACACUGUUCAAACAGUGACAACGGUGAACGACAGCCAGGUCGUAUUUGUGAAUAAUUCUCUUGAGUUUACCUUCACUUGGGUGACGAUCCUCUUGGCCUUGCUGUUAUUAAUGCUGCCUAUGUAUAUUGUAUGGCUCAACUGCACAUUUUGUGUCAGUGCAAUGAUGUUAUUCAAGUGAAAAUCUAUUGUUGUUAUUUUACACUAUGUAAAAGGUGGAGUGAAACAUCUGCAAUAAAGUAAAAAUGAUUUUA